AUAAAUAGUAAAUAAACUACCGCGUUUACACACACAGAGAGGAUCGAAUGUUUUGCAAAAAGGAAAAAACAAAUUCCUGAUAGAAAGCCUAGACAAGUCGAUCUUGAUUUCUAUAACCAAAAUCUAAAAUGUCUUCGCUUGCGGCAGCUAGAGCAGAUAAUUUUUACUACCCGCCGGAAUGGUCCCCGAAGAAGGGUGGGUUGAACAAAUUUCAUGGGCAACAUGCUUUGAGAGAGAGAGCAAGAAAGCUGGACCAGGGUAUUUUGAUUAUAAGGUUUGAAAUGCCCUUCAAUAUAUGGUGUGGUGGUUGCAAUUCUAUGAUUGCAAAGGGUGUUCGGUUCAACGCAGAGAAAAAGCAAGUGGGAAAUUAUUAUUCUACAAAGAUAUGGAGCUUUACCAUGAAAUCUGCAUGCUGCAAACAUGAAAUUGUUAUCCAGACAGAUCCAAAAAAUUGUGAGUAUGUGAUUCUUAGCGGGGCUCAACGAAAAAAUGAGGAGUUUGAUAUUGAGGAUGCAGAAACAUUUGCUCUCCCUGCUGAUGAAGAGAGAGGCAAGCUUGCUGAUCCAUUUUACCGUCUUGAACAUCAGGAAGAGGAUUUGCAGAAGAAGAAAGAAGCUGAACCCAUUCUAGUUCGUCUUCAGCGAGUAUCAGAUGCCAGGCAUUUAGAUGACUAUUCCCUCAACAAGGCUCUUCGUGCCCAAAUGAGGAGUCAAAAGAAAAGAGUUGCUGAAGAAGAGGCCACUUCCAAGAAAAUGGGUCUUGGGAUACGCUUGCUUCCGACAACUGAAGAAGAUGCUGCCUCUGCAGCUCAUGUGAAGUUCUCUUCCAAGUUUGACAAAAAUAGGAAGGAUAAGCGAGCAUUGAUCAGUGCUGAUUCAAUUUUUUCUGGGUCAUCUGGUUCUUCCAUGUCCAAUAAGAAACGUUUGGAGCUAGAAUCCAAGAGAAGGAAAAUCAGUGCCUCUGCAGCCUCUAAUUUGCUAACGGGGGGAUUCAAGCCAUCAUCGUGGUCACAGGGUACUGUUUCUGGCAGCAGGCAUAAGCAAAAUUCCGUGAGUGCCAGACUUUUUUAGCGAUGGUUCCCCGAUGUUAUGAAAGAGCCGAUUCUUUUCAUCUUAAGGCUUUAGAUCACCUUGUUUGGAUAGGACUUUUAUUUUUUGGGCCAUCCUUUGCCUGGUGUAAAUGGCUCUGGAUCUUUGUACAUACGAACUUACUGCCUGGCUUGUCUUUUUCCCUCCCCUGGCCCCUCUUGUCUAGGGAUCCGUAUAUUGGAUGUAUAACCAGUGUCGUGUGCACUUGUUUCAAUAGUGAAAUGAAAUGACAGUGUUAUCAAAA